UAUGCUGCAUGUAUCUUGUUGUUGUCACGUGACAACGUUUUAGAUAUUCUCUGACUGGGCCGACUGGGCAACAUUUCUUCAGGCACGCGUCAAGACCACGUGGUUCGUGUGACACGAGCGCGGCUACGGAGGCUUCGAGAACCCACCAGUCACUCAAGUGUCGCACUGGCAAGUGAGAUGCACCCGGUACGAGCAUCAGAGUUGUAUCAAAACCAUGAUAAAAAGUCAUAUGAUCAAGACAGCAUAGUGGGGCAGCAUGCCCCAUCUGCUGAAGGCACAGGAAGCUCGAAGACAGAAGUGUCGUCUCGUGACAUCACCACACGACGCAUGGCAGGAGUCUCACUAGCUGAGAAAAGCAUAGAGCAGCAGGCAGAAGUACUGCCCGAUGAUGUGCUGGCACAAGCAGCAGAAAUUGAGGCACACUGCGCCACCAAAGCUGUAAAAACAGUUGCACCAAAAAGAAGGCCAAAGAGGACUGCAGCAGCAGUGUGGACAGAUGGGGCUCUGUGCCUUCAAGCAGUGGAACUAAGCCGCCCAGCCCCAAUUUCUGAGAAAGCUAAGCAGUUCCGCCAUGAGAACCUUUAUGGAGGUCGGAUUCGCAGGAUGUCAGUUGGGGCUUUUCUUGGGCUGCAGAAGAAGAAAGCAGUCAGAAGAAAUAUGAAAGCAAUUGUGAAACACAACUAAGAGUUUGACUACAUAGGUGCUUUCAUUAUGUACAUACAGAGAUCACUUUUAUAAUAAUAAUAA